AUGCCUGAUACCCAUCCACCGAGUUCUCCACCACCACGGAGCAAUUCCAUGUCAGCCACUUUCAACUAUCUUCAUCUUGACGCUGACAAAGUUCUAUCAGCUUUUGGUAAAUAUGGGCGGUAUCAGAUGCUCGCAUAUGUUAUCACUACAUCCGUCCACAUGCUGUUCGCUUUGAAUAUGAUGAUCAUGCCAUUCAUUACAAAGACCACUUCGUUUUUAUGUGAUGUGCCUGAUAGUCCGAACUUCUCACCCUUGGUGGGAGAUAGCUGUCAUUUACAUGAUGUGCAAUUGAAUACAACAAUCGAUUGUUUAGCAGUGAAUGGAGCAAAAUACGCAUACGAAGAAGACAAAAAAUCCACCAUCACUAGUGACUUCGACUUGGUAUGCGAGUAUCAAGGAAUGGCGGAGCACGCCACAUCAAUUUUCCUAGUGGGUGGAAUGAUUGUAUCACCAUUUGUCAGUCAAUUAUCUGAUAUUCUUGGUCGCCGUCCAUUGUUUUUGAUUCCACUCUACGUUAGUGUGGUUGCCAAUUUGAUUUGUGCCGCGGCACCGAACUAUUUGAUAUUUCUGCUGUCUAGGUUUAUUUCCGGAGUUGCUACUACGAGCUUCAGUAUGACUGGCUUCGUUCUGUGCAUGGAAUCCGUCUCCCUUGAGUUCCGCUCCCUAAUCCCAGUCCUUACCACCAUCUCCUGGGUCGGUGGAUACAUGCUAGCCGGUGUCUUCUACAUUUUCUUCAAGAAUUGGCGUGUUCUUUAUUUCGCCGCUUCGGUUCCCGGACUUCUAACCAUCCCUUUCUUCUGGUUCACUCCAGAAUCGUUGCAUUGGCUAGUGACAAAACAAAACGAUAAGAAGAUUCAAAAAUAUAUCAAUGAGUCUGUUGCGUUUAAUAAACAGACCAUUAGCCUUAUUGAUUGCCGCUCUGCUAAUGCUCAAUCUUCCGAAAAGACCAGGACUUUUAGAGCUCUUUUCUACCCGAAGAUUUUUGUGCAUGUGCUGAUCAAUUCUUAUAUUUUAAUUGUCAUGAGCGGUACCUACUGGGCUCUCUCCCUCUACUCCACCGAAUUGUCGGAAGACGAAACAACCGGAUACUUCCUAUCGGGUCUUGUCGAGCUGCCUGCUGGAUUCCUAUCAGUUUUCCUUCUAAUUCUGUUCAAACGAAAAACUGUAUCAUUUUUUUCGUUGGUUCUAACAGCUGCAUUCAUGUUGGGUACUGUCUAUGUGCCACUCCAAGGAAAUUAUAAAAUGAUUUUCCCACUUUUGGCAAAAUCUACAAAUUCUAUUGUGUGGGCUAGUCAGCCGUUAUUGUAUUCUGAGGGAACUCCCACCACUAUCCGUAACGUCUUCAGUGGAGUUGUGUCGUUUGUCGGAGAGCUUGGAUCUAUUGGAGCGCCGUAUAUGAAUCGAUUGACGGCCAUCAACGAAGACGCUCCAGCCAUCGUUAUCUCCGUGAUGUCAUUGAUCGCCGGUCUCCUAGUCCUUCUGCAGCCUGAAACCAAGGACAAAAAACUUCCAGAAGACAUUGAUGAUUUCGACGCCGGACCACUUUUCAGAGGGUGUCGAACAAAGAAGAAUAAGGAGAAGCUAAAGAAGGAUUCAGAAGACGUGGAGGCUUCUGCUCAGAAGACGUUGGAAAAAAUUGAGGAGGAAGAAGCCGUGGAGUUGUUGGAAGUGAAAAGUCAGGAAAAGGAGGAAAAAUCAUAA